AUGGUGAACAAUUAUAAAAGAAAAACCAACCAGGGAUCAUGGGAUGAAAAUCUUAUGGCACGGGCGAUUAAAGAGGUAAAUGAUAAGCGUGGAUCUGUUAAAUCUAUCGCACUUAAAUAUAAUAUCCCUCGCACUACUCUAAGAAGACACAUUGCGACAGGAUCUGCGAAAAAGAAACUUGGGAGAUAUAAAGCCGUUUUUACUCCACAGCAGGAAGAAGAACUCUUAGAGUACGUAUUCCAUAUGGAUAAUCUUUUCUUUGGACUAACAAAGGAGGACUUUUUGCACCUCGUUUUCCAGUUUGCUAAAGCAAACAAUAUUCCUAAUCCUUUUAAGAAUGGAACUGCUGGCCACGACUUUUAUAAAGGAUUUAUCAAGCGUCAUCCUAAUUUGACUUUACGACGACCUGAACCUACGUCUAUAGCCAGAGCUCGGGGAUUUAACAGAUCCCAAAUAUAUAGAUUUUUUGACCUCCUUGAAACUGAAAUUGAGAAGCACCAAAUUGAUGCUAUGCGCGUCUAUAAUAUGGACGAGACGGGUAUUCAAACGUCUGCCAACAAACCACCUAGAGUUUUAACAAGACUGGGCAAAAAGCAAGUGGGUUUCAUUGCCAGUACUGAGCGAGGAAAAACGACCACAGUUAUUUGUUGCUGUAAUGCUGCGGGUUCCUUCUUACCACCCUUUAUGAUUUUCGCACGAAAAAGAAUGAUACCGAACCUUCUAGAUGGAGCGCCGCCUGGCACACAGGCAACUGUAAGUGAUAAUGGGUGGACCAAUGGCACUGUGUUCUUGGAAUGGCUUCGUUUCUUCAUAGACGCAGUCCGUCCGACAGCAGAAAAAAAAGUACUGCUUAUCAUGGAUAAUCACGAGUCACACAAAUACUUACCAGCUUUAGAACUCGCCUCCAAGUGUCAUGUCAUAUUUGUAUCACCGGCACCACACACUACACACAGGAUGCAACCACUAGAUCUAUGUAUUUAUGGGCCAUUAAAGACAUAUUUUGAGCGUGGUGUGGCGACUUUCCAGAAAACACAUGUGGGUCGUAUAAUAAAUCAAAAAGAUGUCGCCAGUUUGUUUGGUGCUGCCUAUUUGCGAGCUGCAACGACCCAGAAUGCUGUCAGUGGUUUCGAGAAAACGGGCUUGUGGCCUCCAAAUAGAUACAUCUUUGAUGAUGCUGAAUUUUUGCCAGCAACAACUAUGGAGAAUCCACCUAGUAUGGAAGACCCGAUACCAUUUAGUGAUCAACAGCGAAAAAACACAUUGCCAGUAGAUGUAGAUCACUCUAGAACUCCUUCUCCUUCAAUUAUUGACCAAAUAAUAGCAGAUAGAAAUUAUUCCAAAAUAUUAUCCUCUUCGGUUAUCGAUCAAUUUAUAAAUAAUGAACAAGCUACAAUAGUAACUAUCUCUGAAAACCCACAAGCCACACUAUCACCACUACUAUCUGAAAGGCCUACUACGACUAUUCUUGAUAACCUACAAUUGAAUUCGAUCAGAGCAAUGGUUCCUGAUAACCUGUGUAAUACUCCUAUGACUACAGAACGGCCAGUUACACCGCCUAUUACGAGGAAUUCACCGGUUACAAAACCCCAUUCAGACGAUUCUGCUGCAGGCCCAAAUAUGUACUACAUAAGCCCAAUGGCAUUAAAACCUUUGCCAAAAAUGAGACGAAAUAUAACUUCCAGAAGAAGAAUAACUCAACGGGCUGAAAUUUUAACAAGUACCCCAAUAAAGGACGAACAAAGGAAGAAGUUCACAAAGAAACAAAAAGCUGAUGCUGACAAAGCGAAGAGAGUAGUUAAGAACUUAAAGAACAAAUUGUCUGAAAAGGCAGGGUCAUCUGGAAUGAAAAAAAGACUUAAAAGUCGUACAAAUUAUAAUAAAGAAAAAGAGACUGUAAAUAAGGAUGCUCAAAAGAGCAGUAAUAAGGCUACAAACGAACAUUAUAUUUGCCUAAUUUGCAUGGAGCCAUACGAAGACCCGCCCGUAGAGGAUUGGAUUCGUUGUGAUGACUGCCAAUUAUGGGCUCAUGAAACCUGUACGGCAUACUCCGGAGUCGGAGCUUACUAUUGUGAUAAUUGUCAACAAAUCUAA